ACACCGCACACCACUAGGCGCCCGCUCCUCUGGCCGGCAAACCCUCCUCCAGACCACCCCGACCCGACGCCGCCAUUUCCGCCCCCCCCCCCCCCCCACCAAACCAAUCCUCCUUCGCCGCCGGCUGUCUUUCUCUGCGGCGCGGCGCGGCUCCGGACGGGGAUCGCGGAGGCGAGGGGUAUCUCGAGGUUCUGCGGAGGUUUUUGUGGGGGAUUAAGUCCGGGCCGGUUCCCUUUGCGCGCCGCCGCGCGUCGAGGGGAGGGGGGCAUGGGCACGAGGACGAAGAGGCAGGAUAAUGAGGAGGCAGCCGAGGAGUUUUGUUUCACUUGUAAGGACAGCGGCGACGACCUUCGCGUCUGCGACUUCAAGAACUGCCUCAAGGUUUAUCAUCCACGCUGUGUUGGAAAGGAAGAUGGUUUUCUUACUUCUGGUGAACAAUUUAUUUGCGGUUCGCACAUAUGUGUCGACUGCAGACGAAGUUCUGAUUAUCAGUGCCUGUGCUGUCCACUUUACUCAGUUUGCCAUGCUUGCCUUGGAAAAGUGGAAUUUGUGCAGCUGAGGAAGCAAAACAAAGGAUUCUGCAGCACAUGCCUGAACCGGGUUAUCUUGAUCGAGAAGAAUGCUGCUGCUGAUCCUGAUGUGGUAGACACAGAUCACAUAGAUGCAGGGACCAGCGAAAUUUUGUUUAAAGACUACUGGGAAGUAAUUAAAGAUAAAGAACAUUUGACAUUGGUUGACCUAGAAGAAAUUAGUGUUUAUCUUAAUAGAAGGAUUAACUGUAAAGAAGGAGUGAAUUCUGAAAAAAAUUCAGAUGAUGGUCACAAGUCAGAUGAAAAUAUAUUGGCUGACAAUAACACCAAAGAUCAAACAAUUCCUUUUGGCUCUAAGGGCAAACAAAAUAAAGUGAACACAUCACAGAAGAACAAGUCAAAUAAGAAAACAUAUGUUGGCUGGGGUUCGACACAACUAAUUGAAUUCUUGUCAAGUUUUGGCAAGGACACAGCAAAACCUCUUGAUGAACUUGAAAUCAUUGGAGUUGUGAAGGGGUACAUUAAAGAGAAGAAUCUGUACAAGGAUGAUAAGAAACUUUGUUUCUUGUGUGAUGAUAAGUUGCAACCUCUGUUUACAAGGAGGAAAGUGAAGUGCAAAAAUAUCCCAAGGUUCUUGGCAGUCCAUCUAGCUUCAAAUGCUGUUUCAGAGGAUGAAAUAUCUUAUGGUUUUGAAGAUGAUGAUACCCCAGUUAUGAAAAAGAAACCUCGGAAUAGUCAGCAGCCGAAGAUUGCUAAGAGGGUUCCAGAACAAAGCAAGAGAUGUUUUGCCUCCCUUGUUCCGAAUAACAUCAGACUAAUAUAUCUAAGAAGAACUUUAGUUGUUAGUCUUUUGAGUCAACCAGACACAUUUGAACAGAAAGUUGUUGGCUGUUUUGUUAGAUGCAAGAUUGCCUACAGGGUGCAGUUCUAUAAAGACUCAACGAAGGCAUUCAUGCUCGGACGAGUAACAGGCAUCAAGAAGUCUUCAGAAGUAUACAAGAUAAAUGACACACAUACAAAUAUUCUCUUAUGUGUUGCCGGUUUGUGGGAUGAUGUCAACAUCUCAAUGCUCUCAGAUGAGGACUUUGAAGAGGAUGAAUGCAAUGAUCUUAUUUCUUUAGUUAAGGAACGACUCCUGGAAAGGGCUACCGUUUCUGAGUUCGAGGAAAAGGUGGCAGCUGUACAUACAGACAUAGUAAAUCAUUGGAUUGAAAGAGAACUUGUGAGACUGGAAAGAAAUAUUGACCGAGCAAAUAUGAAAGGGCUACAUGUGGAAUUCGAGAAACUAAUGGACCAAAAAAAGCUGCUAAGUACACCAGCUGAAAGACAGCGUCGACUUGAAGAGGUUCCAGAAAUUAUUCCGGACACAGAAUAUGAAGAAAAGGAAACUGAACUCGGAGUUGCAGCAAGCAACUCUUCUCGAGGGAAUAGAGGUGCUACGGAGCAAAUACCUGAUUCUUCAAACAUUCUUAACAAAGGAUCAUCAGAAGUUACAUCUAAGCAAGGUGAUGCUACUCGUGAAGCUCCUUCUGAAGCUCGUGAAGCCUGCUUCAGUGGUGUUACUCUUGAUCCUGCACUGCAAUCUCAAAUGCACGAUACUCAAGUUAAUGCAGAUGAUAACUCAACUCAAGCCAUGGACGUUGACCAGGAGGAAAAUGACCACUCCAGUCAAGUUGCCAUGACAGUAGAAGUUAUAAAUCUGGAAAGUGAUGAAGAUGAGGAUCUUCCCAUGGUGCAAGAAAAGCCAGAAGGCAAAGUGAUGCAUCCUCCAAGGGCCAUGAAUGCGCGGUCCGAGUCAGCCUCGCCUGCAACCUUACAUGCUCAGGGAGGCAUGAAUGGGGUUGUCCUCCCCGAGCCAGCACCUCCAACAAUGAAUGGGGUUCCUCAGUCGGAGCAGCUCCAGCCAGCACCGGCAACGAUGAGCGGGGUUGUUUCCCCUGCGCAGCACGAGCCAGCACUUGCACCCAUGAAUGUCGCUCUUCACCUGGAGCAGCGCAGGCCAGAGCCAGUGCGUGCAGCUGAGAACAGGGUGUCACCUCAGGCGCUCCUGUGGCAUUACACUGAUCCUCAGGGAGACGCCCGAGGGCCAUUCACCCUGUUGCACCUGCUCCUCUGGAAACGGAAAGGCUUCUUCAGCAAGGACUUCCGAGUGUGGAGGACGGGGCAGGCGGCCGAGCAGGCUAUCUUGCUUGAUGAUGCUUUCAAGAUGCUUCUGUAGUCUGCUCACCUUCUAUGGAGACUUUAUCUGGCUUCCUUUUGCAGCCUGGACUCUGGACAUGAAACACCUUUGCCCGUCCUCGGGUGCCUUUUAUUACGCCCUGCUGUAAUUCAGUCGGGCAUAUCAGCAUAUGUGGAUGUAAAUGUUCUCUCUGGGCUGUUCAGCUUGUAGCGGUCAUUUUAUUUCCUUUUUUUUCGUUUCUUAGACCAGUCUAGUUGGGUCAGCAUAUAUUUGUGGUUAAAAUUGGUCAUAUUUCCAAAAUGAGAAAAGGUUAAUCAGUUAAAGUUUUGA